CACACACAAAAGAAGAAGAAAAAAGGAGCCCGUCAUCGUUUUUUCUCCGUCGCGCAGUUUUCCUCCGUUAAAAAAUCGCGAAAAAGCUGAAAUUUGCCUUUUUUAACAUCGAAAAAUGUACAGAAAUGUGGUACUUUCGUUGGACGCGCUCGAAAAUCCGCGAAUAAUGUGAAGCUGUGCCUACUUUCGGGCUCGGUCGCCGUGGCCUACCUUCAGGCGUUUUCUUUUUUCUUAAAGUGCGUGCGAUUUUCAAAGGGGGGGCGUGUGUGUUGCAGGAAAAAUGGGGAAGUGAAAUUUUGGUGGGGAGGCGACAAUGUAGUGCAAAACAAUGAAUUUUGGGUGAUUUGAAAAAAAAGGGCACGGAAAGAAAACCUUGAGGAAAAUUUUGCAGGGGAAAGCACAGGAAAAGAAAGAAACAAAGAGUGCCACGCCACGAAGAAAUCGAAGAAGAGGAAGAAGAAGAAGACCACGAAGAAAUUUCAAUCAUGACGGCCAGCAGGGGCGGAGUGCCCUCGACCGCUGGCGGUGGCCUGCUGUUGAUGAUGUUCUACGGAAUCGCUGCCCUGUCCGAUCUAGUGGCGGCCCGGUUCUGCGAGGGUGGCCACCGCUGCCUACCCCCGAAGGAAUGCUGCGCCCAGGGCUGCUGCUACCUGUACGCACCGCCCAGUGCCCCGCGGACGCCGACCCCGGCCACCGACCACGUGCUGAAUCUGUUCUUCAUCAACCACUGGUACUUCUGGUGCUUCCUGCUGGCGAUCGUGCUGGCGCUGCUCUGUGCCUGUUCCCUGUGGAAGAAACGCCGCCAGCUGUGCGGCUGGGGUUCCCCGGGCCAUCACUCGCAGUCGGAGGGCGAUUCGGCCGGGUCGUGUUACGCGCCGCCGCAGUACAGCCGGUGCAACUCGUUCCACAUCCACGCGCCGCCGCCGUACACUGAGGUCACGUCGAAACCGGAUUUGUACCCGCUGGUGUUUAGCUAUACUGGUGGUGGGGACACCGGGAAGAGCGGGAACCAUGGCGGAGCGAACUACCUGAUGGUGCAGUACUUCCGGAACUACAUUGUCCGCCCGGUCGGGUCAAUGUCCGGGACGAGCACGGUGGACUCGCUCAGCUCCAGCUUCAUCUGUACGGCGAACGAGGCGAACACGCUGGUUCCACCGCCGUACUCGCGGGCGGCCAGUCCCGACCUGUCGGCGAUGUCGGUCCGGAACUAUGGGGGGAUGCCUCGGUCUGCAUCGCAGCAGGCGUGUACGUUCGAGGGGACGACCGCCAGCCAUCGACCCAACUCGGUUCCCAACUCCAACUACUACGGCGUGGGAUUUUUGGGGGCGAACGGAAUUGUCCUGCGGACGUCCGAGAGUGUCCAGUUCAACAACGGGCACAGCAGUCACAACAACAGCGGCGAAGGAAGUGGCGAGCAGUCGGCCAGUUCGGCGCAGAUGUCCGGCUCGCAGAGUGACCACUACCGGUUCAGUGUACAUAACAGCAGUAGAGACAACAACAAUAGCUGUAGCGCCGUAAGCGAAGCUUCCAACCCGAUGAUCUACUCGCAGCGGGAGCAGCUUCCGCAGCAGCAGACGGCACAAUCCAGCCGGAACGGCUCGAUCGAGGGAAGUCUGAACGGUGCCCAGCCGACGGCACAAUCGCAGCUGAGCGAGCACAACAACAGCACAACCGGCGCGGCCAACAUCUACAGCUCGUGCGGUUCGAUUGGCGGCAUCUCGAUAACGAUUCCGGCCAACUCGGAGCACGAGUACCAGGAUCUGAACGCGCUACGGCGCAGCCUGGAGACGUGCUGCCAGAUUCUGCAACAGCAGCAGAAGCAGGCCCAGUUCCAAGCGCACCAUCAACCUUCUUCCGGUUUCACGGCCAACAGCGAAGACUCGCCCAUAAACGUCGAGCUGGCGAAGCGAUUCGAAGGCCUGCGCAGCUCGUACAUCGGAUCCAACACCGGCUCGAACGUGUCCUCGCUGGCGAACCUCGGAACGCCAGACUCUCCACCCCGAGCCACAAGCCCAACGGUGGAAGUGCGCGAACUGCUCGAGCAGAUCCGCCAGCUGCAGAACAUCAGCGCGACGAACAGCACCAGCGAAGGGAUCAUCAUCAUCAACCCGCAACCUCCCCCGGGACCAUCCACAAACGCCUCCAACGGCUCGAUCAACGUCAGCAGCGUUGCGACGGCACCGACCGCCGGCACCAGCCACAUCCGGCGACCUUCCUCGCUGAUCAGCAAGAAAAAGUUCUUCUGCAAGGCACCCUCGCAGGGAUCCUCGCUCGGUGGCCACAAAGCCAUGUACAUCCCGAUCUCGUCGAACCAGAACCAGGGACCUGCGGCGGCGCCGGGUCGCUCCCUGCGGAGUCCCUCGGCGGUGGCCAGCGCAGCCGCAGCUGGACUGCUGAGCCGGGGCCGAAGCCGCUGCAGCUGGAUGUCCAAAUCGGCGCCGACCACGCCGGGAACGGCCCUUCCGCCGGGUGGGUCCGGAACUGGGGCAAUCGGGGACAACAGCCCGCUGCUGCUGAACGAGCAGGACGAGGAUGGCGAGCAGAACGUGUAAAGCGAGUUUCAACCAAGUAGGCUGGAAUCCCACGAUCCGGCAACAAAUUUGUAUGGUUUGACGUUUGCUGAGGGUGCCGAAAAGUUUGGUUAUGUCACUGCUUGAAAAAGAGGAACAUUCCGCAAAUCAACUUCCUGAAAACUGCUUGGUUUAUGUCUCUACAAUAUAAAUAAAACGAACCUGCUACCCAAAAGUCUGUCGAAAAGCGGCACAAAUUCUUCAAAACCACGUCCGAUGCGCUUCGCAGCUGUCAAAUGACUGAAGAGCCGAAUGCAACAACUGUCAAAAUUUCGCUUCGCGUGAUACACGUUCAACUUAGAAUGCACCAUUUUUGUGUUUGCGCAAACAUUUUUGAUAAAAACUUUUUUUAAAAAAUUUGGGUUGAAAAUAUGACACAAAAAAGUUCCAAAUCACAAAAAAAAAUCAAGCAAAAAAAUAAUAAUUUCAUAUAAAAUCAAGCAAAACAAUGUUAAGUCCUGUUACAUUGUUUUGCAUGAAAUGUCAGAUUGCAGAAUGAACAACCACUACAACAGCGUAAAUAUUAACUACACUUGCAUGCAAAAUCACUUAUUUUUCGUCAGAAUAAAACUAACCCAAAAAUGAGUAAUCGAACAAUUUGUAAGAUUUGGGUUAAAUUCAAAAUUUCAAAAAAUUGACAUUUAGCCUCAAGAUUUUGACGAAAUCUGAUUGAUUUUGAACGUGUGUAUGCAAUAUUAACAACAGAUUCCCAAUCAACGCGACAGAACAACGCAUUUUACUAAUAGUAAUACAGUAGAAACAACAACAAAAAACUAGUAAACUUAACUAAAGACAAAGAAUCAAAUCACACCAACACUCUCACAACCAAAAAAAACAGCAAGGCGAACUAAAAACACACACAAUAAACAAAAACUGUGAACGCAAAAAGAGAACCAGUUAGCUUAUAGUUUCCUACAAAAACAAAAGCAAAGAAACGAAACGCAAACGGCUUAACACUAACACAAGCAAAAACCCAAAACAAAAGGUAAACAAUCGAAACCAUAAUAACGCAAUAGAGCAAAGAGCUGCAGCUGCAACCAACCAGAUUUACACAUUUAAAUUUAGUAGUUUGAUAGAAGCGCACGCAAACAUUCACAACCAGACGACUUAAAAAAGUAAACAAGCGAUUAAAUAUUUGAAGAAAACAAAAAACAAAAGUGAAUGGGACGAAAUGAUUUAAAAACACACAGUAAAAGAUGCCUUUUCACCGUAAAAUAUAGUAAUAAAGAAGAAAAUAAAUAAAAAGCAGAAAUCAUAGUAAACAGAGAAGGUCGUAAAUCGGGGUGAACUUAAAAAUUUAUAUUGUAUCUAAAAGUAGUGGAAAAUCUUGAGAUUAAACAAGCGGCAAGAUAUUUAGGUGUAUUAGUUAGAUGUACUUGUACAAAGUAAGCACACACAAACACACAGACACACAUUUGAGGGCAGGCUGAACGGAGCCUACUUUGAUCGUUUAUCGAUUCUGACAUUAAGUACUUAGUUCAAUGUAAUCAAGUAAGGCGAAUAACACACUCAUUCAGAAUUACUCAGUUUUCAUCAAAAUCGAACCUUCUCAGAAAUGUGUAAUGGGAGCAAAUGUCAGAUUUUGGAGAAUUUCACUCAAGUUUGAAUUCUGAAUUCUGAGUGAAAAUCACUGAAAUCUGACAUUUGCCAUUUUUACUCAUUUUUGAGUAGGUUCGGUUUAGGCGAAAAUUGAGUGAUUUUGAAUGUGUGUAACUCACACAGAAACACUCGCAACUAUACAUCAGCGCGGACUUGUAUUAUAUUGAAUAACUCUUACUAUUUAACUAAAACACAACAAGUUACCAUAUCUUUUUGUCCUGUUUUUCAUGCGAGAUUUCUAUAUUAGACUAAUUUGGUUACCAUGUAAAAAUCUAUCGCCCUACUAUGCGUGCUAAGAACACUCUAAAAAGGAAUUAUUAAUGUUCUGAAAUAUACGUUUAAAACACUUUAAUUUAGUAUCGCUGAGUUGACGUCAAAACUGAACCUACUCAGGAAUGAGUAAAUUGAACAAAUUUCAGAUUGGAUAAAUUUAACUUAAAUUUUGAGUUAAUUUCACACAAUCUGACAUUUAGCGUUUUACUAAUUUUUGAGUUAGUUAGUUUUAACGAAAACUGAGUAAUUUUUAAUGUUCGUUAGAAUAUCGAUGAAAAUGCACAACUUUCGAUUGAAAUUUGUUUAAACUAGUCAAAAACUUGGCUCCUUUGACCAAUUUAAUGAUUUUCCAACACCCAGCCAAUGAUAACAAAGUUUAUUUCCAAAGUGAAAUGUAAGCUUAGUCCGAAAAACACAAUUAAGUGAAGCUGACUUGGAGCCCCCCAGCAAUUACGGAAGAUUAGCUGACUAAAGCUGAUAAACCAACUCGUUUUUUUUUCGUUACUGAUAACAACAAAACGAAAAAUAUGUCGCCAUCGGAAAUUAGGUUAAAUUUAAGUAUUCUAUCCGUUUGACAAUUUGCGCGUGGCAACGGGCAAAUCUAAAGUGCAAUAACGUUUAUCUACUAAAAAAAUAUACUUUAGAAAUCGUGUUGUUUUACUGCUAUGUUGAUGUAAAUAUAAAAUAAACAAACCAAACUGUCACUUUCUACGCGCUGAAACAGUCGGCAACAAGGACCGGCAACCAAACAAUAACAAGAUAACUUAUUUUUGGGUUCACUUCACCCCCAACGGUGCAUUGUUUUGGUCGAACCAUAAUCUGCUUAUCAGUUUCAGACCAAUCCGCUACCCAAAUAAAAGUUGUGCUUAUUUUUAGAGAAAGAUGUUGUUUUUUCCCGCACACAAACACAAAAACUCACGUAAACACACACUCGGUAAACAAUGGCAGAAAGGACAUUCUUGCGACAUUAAACAAAAAGCAGCAAAACAGAAAGUAACCAAAGUUUGAUGUUUGAAUUGAGAAUAAGCAGGCGGAAGAACAAGUGGCGUUGAGAAAUCAAUAAAAAUUCUUUGAGAUGAAAAA